AUGAUGAAGUGCCGUCUGCUGUGCGCCCUGUUGGUGCUCGCUUUGUGCUGCUGCCCAUCUGUGUGUGUGGCAACGAGUGAAGUUAAGGUCUCACUUAAAGGCAAUGAUGCAGAGAUUCCUCAGCCAAAAGUGCAAGAUAACCCCAAUGAGGGAAAGAAUCGAAAUACGGAUGCUGUUACGUUACUGUCAAGAAAUGAGGCGUCCGGUGCGGGACCAGAUCAAAAGGAAAACACCGGUCCGUUAAAUGGACCAGAUACACCCAAUGCUGGAGGUGAUGGAAACAAAGCAGGUACGGCAAUAAAACCAAGUACUACGACAACUACAACCACGACAAAUGCACCAACUACAACUACGACAACGACCACAAAAGCACCCAAUACAACUACGAGCACGACAACUACAACCACUACGACGACCACCCGCGCACCGUCACGUCUCCGUGAAAUCGACGGCAGCCUCAGCAGCUCUGCGUGGGUUUGUGCCCCGCUGCUGCUCGCCGCAUCCGCGCUGGCGUGCGCUGCUGUGGGCUAA